CCGGUGUUUACGGAGCUGAGCUGUGAGAGAGCCUGCGGCCCAGCCUGGAGCUGUUUAUACAGGCUUUAGUGAAGACAACAGGAAUAUAGGGUCUGAACAGGAGCUCCACAGCGCUGAGUGAGUCAGCAGAUAAACUUGAGCUAAAAGAUGAUGACCAGAAUCCCUCAGUGUCUUGAAUGCUUACUGGAGGAUAGUGUGAGAGAGACGUGGUACACUUUUCUAAAUGCCUCUUGCAUGAAGAGUGACUGAAUUUGCCCAACAGUUAAACCACAUAUAGUCAUCAUUCUGCAUCCUGUACAAAUCGUCCCUUUGAUUUUAGAAUAACGAAUAACUAAGUGUCCCAAGGCAUAAGGAGAACAAAGUCAUGGAGCAGGCCUAUGAUUCAGACUUGAUCAGUUGCAGAGCAUCUUUCUGUAAGCCCACAUCCAGGACUGAACAUGUGGUUGAGGGACAAGACAACCUUUGUAAAAGGCUGAGGUUUUUAAAGUCUUCUGCCCCGGCAACCAGCAUUAAAGGAAGCUCCGGCAGUAAAUCAGGGGAGGUUAUCAGUAAUGUAAUUAACAUAUGUCCUUUUACAAGCAAUGAUAACUUGCUGUGCUGGACAAAUCUGACUUCAACAGGACACUCCGAAUACCAAGAGAAAAAGAAACAGGGAAUGAGCUUCAUAAUCACAUCUUUAAACAAUCCACAGUCACUUCGACCUUACAGGCGAUCUCCACGCAGAAUGAACUGGUCAAAAGAGGUGGAGAACAUACCUUCCUUGUAUACACUAAACAAGGACAGUAGAAAUGCCUGUGGAGCAAUGGGUAGCAGCCUUGGAUACACUGACACCUCUCAUUGGUGCUCUCACUCCAGCUCAAUAGAUAAUGGUGUGCCAUACAGCUCAUCUACCUGGACCUCUGAAGAGAAUAGACAACUUAAAUUAACUGGAUUAUCUGAUGUGGAAAGUAAUGUCCCCAAAAUUGGCACCAGCAUGUCUAAACAAAGGGUGGAGGAGAACAAAGAGUUUGCCCAAGAGCAGGUAUCUUCAUUUGAAGAGGAAACACUCCGUGAGCCGGUUUCUCUUAGCUUUGAAGAUGAGCUGAAGAGGAAAAGUGUGAAAAUGCUCACACCUUACCCUGCAUCUGUUUAUAAAGCCUUGCCGAUAGUCAGUGAAACAUAUCCAGUGGUGUACAGAGCUCAGCAACCUCAACAUGAGCCCUUUAAAAGCCCAGGAUUUCACUCUUUGGAUCCCUCUGAACCGUUGACCCAAGACGCUGAAGUCCGACAGAGCAAGGUCUACCCAGCCAUCUUCCACAUUACUGAGUCUAUGCAGACAGACUACAUGCUGCGCAAUCUGAGAGGAAAGCAUAUAAGUGAAGACCUUCAGUGUUCAAGGCCUGAUCUAGAAUCACCUCUCAGUGUAAAGAGGGCAGGGGCCUAUCAUCUCAACCUGUGCAUGCUCUCAGCAGAUGGAAAUGUGGUCAAGUCUUCCAACCUGGGCCGACUUCCUAUCCAUAAGUAUACAUCUGUGUCUAAACCUAUAGGUAAAAGUACACAAAGUCCUCUGAUUGUGCCUAAAAAGAAAGAGCUCUUAUCUACUUGUGUUGGUCCUGUCAUUAACGGCAAAAACCCCAAAAUCACUCAUGACCCCAGAACUAUAUUCUCAGCCUAUUCUAAACCACUGCAUGACUCCCCAAGGAGAAGCUUAAGCAGCAGAUGUAACACCUCAGCCACACAGUCGCAGCGGCCUAUAGCCAGCAAUCCAAGAAACAAGACAGACUUUGUAAUAAUCUCAAAACCAGUCAAGUACAGUCAAAACAAAUUGAAAGACUUCACCAAAGAACACACAUCUAAGGAAAACUUCUCCAAGGAACCAACAGAGCUGUAUGAAAACCCUGUUUCACAGUCAGGUGUCUGUGACACUUUUGAAGCUCAUGAGAUGAGCUCUUUCUCACAAACCAGCGAUGAAGACCACAGACUCCAAGACUCUACAAGUCAAAAAAAUGAAGCCGUGGUCACUGAUCACACUGACAAUGAGGCCUUUAACAAGCUGAGUUAUUCUCUGCAUAGUUCUAAGACCAUAAUAAAAAUUCCAACUGCUGAAAAUGUGGACUAAAGGAGCAUAAAGUGCUGUUUAACUUAUAAAGCAAUAUUUCGGUCAUGAAACCAUCCUGAAACAGCUUUACAAGAUUUGGAUUUCCUGAAGGCUAGAAAACCAGAAAUACAACAUGUACAAAAUAAGCAUUUUGUGAUUUUUUUUCAUAAGUGUUUUGAAACAUUUCAGCCCUUGAGUGAUCCUUGUAGAGCAAAUGAAUCUGGUGAUUUUAUAUAUGUA